UAUAUAACCUUUAGUUCAUAAGAUAAGGUUACAGUUGACCCUAAAAUAUAGAACAAAAGUAAGAAUGGAUGAAUUACAAGCUAAACUUCAAGCUGAAUUGGAUAAAUUCAAAGCUGUCGAAAAAGAAUAUCACAAAGCUGUGUCUCAAAGGCAAGUUUUGGAUGGACAGCUACAUGAAAACACAGGUGUUAAGCAAGAAUUAGAUCUUUUAAAAGAUGAUGGGGAGGUGUAUAAACUAAUUGGUCCAGUGCUUGUUAAACAAGAUUUAACUGAAGCUAAACAGAAUGUUGCCAAAAGAAUGGAUUAUAUUAAGGGAGAAUUGAAAAGGUUUGAUGACUUAAUUGCUUCUCUAGAUUCCAAACAAGAACAAUACAAAGAAAAGUUAUCCAAGUUACAAGUACAAUUUCAGCAAGAACAAGUGAAAGCUGCCGUUAAAGCAUAAAAUUACCACAGAUGUUUCCUAUUUUUUCUAAUACUAUAUAAAAUUAAUUUUUACAAUUGAAGUGCAUAAUUAAUAACAAUAUUAAUGUAAUGCUUUCUCUGUUAAUUUGUUUUUUUAUAUAAAUAUAACAUAGCUAAAUUCU